GCCAUUUGGGUUCAGUCCUCGGGCCCUCUUAUAGACUCCCUUUGCGCACGCCAUGGGUGAUCUCUACCCGCCCUCCUCUGCGCCCCCCAUGUCCGCAACCUCAGAAGAGAACAACGACCGCCCGAAGGAUCUCAAGGAGGGCGCGAAGCCCCAGGCGACCUUCCUCACCAAGCUCUAUGCCCUCCUCGAGCGCCCAGAGAAUCACCACAUGAUUCGCUGGGACGACGCCGGCGAGCACAUCAUCGUCGAGCGUCCGGAGCAGCUGGCCCUGCACGUCCUUCCCUCCAUUUACCGUCAGUCGCGCUUCGCGAGCUUCUCUCGGCAACUCAACAUCUAUGGCUUCAUGCGCAAGGUCAAUCUGCGCAACGUCGACCCCGCCAUCGACGACCCCGACGCCUCCACAUGGUCCCACCCCACCCUCAAUCGCCACUCCCCGCCGGAGGUGGUGGCCAACUUCAAGAGACGCGUUCCUCCCCGUCUCCCCAAGCCGCGAAAGCGCGACCAGCAGGAGCUGCACAGUAUCCCCCCGCCGCGCUCCGCGAUGGGCAUGGGCCCCGCACCACCCGCGCUUUCCAUGCUGCCUCAAAAGCCGUUGCACGGCAGGCCCCGUGGCUUUUCCUCCCCUGGCUCCUUCCACCCCAAUCCGAACGGCUCAUGGGAUUCCCCGUACCGCGGAAACCAUCUCCCACCGCUGACGGUGCCCCAAUCAUCGUACAUUCAGCCGGCGGACCACUCGCCCAUCUAUCCGUCGUCUCAGUACUACGAUAGUCCAUCUGCGGCGCCAUGGAGUCAGUCGUACAACUCAACAUCAUCAUCCCUAUCAUCCCUCCUGAACCCCUCCUACCCGGCGUCGCGUCCCAAUCCGACCAUUAACACCUCUUAUUUCCCUAUGGAUCAACACACGUCGGCGCCUGCAAGCAUGUCGACUGAUUCUCGGCCUCCCACCGGAUACGGCAUGACAUCGUCCUCCCUGACAAGUAUCUCGAGCAUCUCCGGUUACAGCUCCAGGCCGGGCUCCUCGCAGCGCCGUCUGUCGCCAGAAAGUCCCUCGCACUCGAGGGAACGUCGACAGCGCAGCCACAGCCACGCCAUGCACCCGUAUCCCACGCCGUACACGGACGUCCAGCGACCGUCGACAGGCUCGUACGACCGCGCGUCGAACAGCCCGAUGUACGAUACGCAGCGUCCGUCCACUAGCCCUGCGCCGAUGGACCAGUACGAGGACUCGAGGCGUGGCAUGAUCCAGCUCCCGUCUCUGCCUGCUGCCACGCGCGGCGCCAUGAUGGACCUCCCGCCGCCGGUGCGCUCGAUGGAGUCGCGGUCGCAAUUACAGCCGCCGCGCAUAUCCUCGACAGGGCGUCUUGACAGCUUCUCGCGCAUCGAGCCCUUGUCGUCGAUGUCUCGUAUGGACGGUCUGCACGUGCCUUCGCGCGGCGACUAUUCCUACGGGAGCGCGGGCGACAACUUCGCCUUCAACGCGCCGAGCGGCGGUCAGGACAUGGCCCAGCCGGAUUUUGCCUAUAACCCACUGGACAACACACCGCCCACGUCCAGUGCGGGUUUUAACCAGGGCGCCCAGACGGUGGGGAGUGGCAGCGCGUACACGCCGUCGCACAGCACGCCGAACUCGAGCGGGCCGUACACCCCCAACGGCUACGACAGCUCGACGACGUACCCGGCGAACGGUGGCUACCCGACGCACCCGCCAUCAAGCGCCGCGAGCUACGAUCCGCCGCACUCCAGUCACGGCUACGAGUCGCACGGGACGUACGCGGACGGCUACCACCCUCCGGGCUCGAGCGGCGGCUACACGCCGAAUCCGGGGACGUACCAGAACGGAGCGAACGCGCCGUACGACCCGCCGCACUCGAGCGGCGGCUUCGACUCGAACACGUCAGGAUUUGCGUCGCGGCCGGGAACCGCUGAGACGGGUGUCAAUGGACGACUCUCUCCAGAGUUCGGGUUUAGCGUGCCCACCAUCAGCUGAGCGGCCGUUCUCGUCACCGGCUGCAAAUCCCGGAUCGUCCUCGCCCCCGUCUUGUUCGUCGACAUGUUUUGCUGCUUGCUCUACCGCCUGGACUGUGGACUGCUCGGCCCCCUUAGCUACGUGCGGGUGUUGGUCAUCGUUCUUUUUUGUUUCGUGAUUAUGCGCAUUAGUAGUCGCUGCUCUUCUAUCGAUACCACCGGUUACCUGGGAUCUCAGUUGGACCGUUCCUAAUCUCGUUGUUUGUCUUGCACGUAUAUACAACUUCAUUGCCAUCCCCCUUCAUCUUCCUCGCAUUUUCCUUGUUCGUGACUUAUUUCACGCUCGUGCUCAUCACCCAAAGGCUUCUCAAUCUGUAUACUGAUAAUACCCUUGAUUUCAAUGCAUCGCCGCUUAUAGACUCGCAA